CAUAAAAAAGUCCAGCUCCUCACCUUGUUACCGAACUGCCCAGGUAGGUCUGUCAGAGGAGACCUGGGCCCCUGGACUGAGAGACCUGGACCUGGAUGGAGUCCAUUCUCCCCAAAGCACCAAGUGGAGCGGCCGCUGCAGGUGUCGAGCAGCCGGCGGCUGUCCCCCUGCCCUGUGGUUUGCCGCCCCUCGCCGAGGAGGCAGAGCCUGCAGGUCUGCAAGAGAAGAUUCAACCUAAACACCCGUCAGGAGCAAGAGAUGGACAGGGUCUGUUCUCAUUCGACAGUUUGGUGUCUUCCGACGAGGAUGAGGGUCUUGGCAAGAAAGAUAAAAAGAAGAAGAAGCUAAAGAAGAAGAAGAAGAAAGCUUCCAGCUCCUCCUCAUCUUCUUCAUCCUCCUCCUCCUCCUCCUCAUCUUCCUCCUCUUCAAGUAGCUCCUCAGACAGUGACAGUGACAGUGAGGAUGACAAGAAGAAGCAGAAAAAGGACAAGAAGAAGAAAAAGGAUAAGAGGAAAGAGUAUGUCUGGGACAGUGUUAUCAUAUCUCAGUCUGGUCCUGAUGAACAGACAGAGCUGGUGUGUGGAGAGGGUCUGAAGAACAGCCUGGAUUCGGACUCAUCAGAUGAUACGGAUGACAAGAAGAAAGACAAAAAGAAGAAGAAGAAGAAGGACAAGAAAAAGAAAGACAAGAAGAAGAAGAAAAAGAAGGAAUCAUCAUCCUCCUCUUCAUCUGACAGUUCAUCAUCUGACAGUGAGGAUGAAAAGAAGAAGAAAAAGAAAAAGAAGAAGGAGUCUUCAUCAGAAUGCUCCUCUUCUUCAUCCUCUUCUUCUGACAGCGAAGACGACAAGAAGAAAAAGGACAAGAAGAAGAAGAAGAAGAAGAAAGAUAAGAAAAAGGAUUCAAGUUCCUCAUGUUCAUCCUCAUCCUCAUCAUCUGACAGUGAUGGAGAUAAGAAAAAGAAGGACAAGAAGAAGAAGAAGAAGAAGAAGAAGGACAAGAAGAAGGAUGAAGAGCAGAAUGAGCUCAGCAGUGUGGUCGCUCUCUCAGCAGCUGAAAAUGAGACUGCAGCACCAAGUACUGAUGGAGAUAAAAAGACAGAUGGAGAUGCUGAGAAGGCAAAAGACAAAGAGCUUAAAGCAGCAGGCAAAGACAAGCUGUGCGCUGCAUCGGCUGCAGGGGGGACAGAGGCAUUCUAUGAUGCUAUCGAGGAAGGCCACCUGAGUGAUGAUGAAGGAGAGGGCGACAAGGAUAACAAGAAGAAGAAGAAGAAGAAGAAGAAGCUGAAGAAGAAGAAGGAGAAGGAGUCUGGUUCAUGUUCAGACAGUGACGAUGAUAAUGAGGAUAAGAAGAAGAAAAAGAAGAAGAAGAAGAAGAAGGAAAAGGACUCUUCAGGCUCCUCUUCAUCUGAUAGCUGCUCUUCAGAUAGUGAAGAUGAUAAGAAGAAAAAGAAGAAGAAGAAGAAGAAGGAGAAGAAGAAGGACAAGGAUUCGUCUGAUAGCGAAGAUGAAAAGAAGAAGAAGAAAAAGAAGAAGAAGACAAAGAAGAAGAAGGAUAAGGAUUCCAGCUCUUCCUCCUCGUCCUCUGAUAGUGAAGAUGAAAAGAAGAAGAAGAAAAAGAAGAAAAAGAAGCCAAAGAAGAAGAAGGAUAAGGACUCCAGCUCUUCCUGCUCUUCCUCUGAUAGCGAAGAUGAAAAGAAGAAGAAGAAGAAGAAGAAGAAGAAGAAGAAGAAUAAGAAGCCAAAGAAGAAGAAGGAUAAGGACUCCAGCUCUUCCUGCUCUUCCUCUGAUAGCGAAGAUGAAAAGAAGAAGAAGAAGAAGAAGAAGAAGAAGAAUAAGAAGCCAAAGAAGAAGAAGGAUAAGGAUUCCUGCUCCUCCUCUUCCUCUGAUAGCGAAGAUGAAAAGAAGAAAAAGAAGAAGAAGAAGAAGAAGAAGAAGCCGAAGAAGACGAAGAAAGAUAAGGAUUCCAGCUCUUCUUCUUCCUGUGACAGUGAAGAUGACAAGAAGAAGAAGAAGAAAAAGAAGAAGAAGAAGUCCAGCUCUACUGAUGACAGCUCCUGUCCCUCCUCAUCCUCCUCUUGCUCUGAUAGUGAUGAUGACAAGAAAAAGAAAGAUAAGAAAAAGAAGAAGAAGAAAGACAAGAAGAAGAAAAAGAAGGAUUCUUGUUCUUCUGACUCCUCUAGCAAUGAUGAUAUGAAGAAAAAGACUAAGAAGAAAAAGGAUAAGAAAAAAAAGAAAAAGAAAGAGAAGAAAAAGGACUCAGAUUCUUCUAGUAGUGAUGAUGACAAGAAGAAGAAGAAGAAGAAAAAAGACAAGAAGAAGAAGAAGGACAACAAGAAGGACUCCAGUUCAACUGAUAGUUCCUGUGACAGCGACAAGGAAAACAAGAAGGACAACAAGGACAAGAAAAAGAAGAAGAAAAAGAGUUCGGGUUCAUCAGGAAGUGAAACUGAUAAGAAGAAGAAGACGACUGACAGUCCUAACGGCGAGCAAAGCAGUGACCCAAAAGUGGAAGAUUCAGCUUCAGGUUGUGGGGAAUUUUCUGCCCCCAGUGGCAGCAGCGGCAGCAGCUCCAAGCCCUGUGUCUCUCCAGGUGUCGUCUCCUAUGUGUCACUCCCUUCCAAACCUGUCUUAAAACUGGAUCCUUCCGGGGUCUCAGCCUUCUCAGCUGUCCCAGCUGUCCCAUCUGUCCCUGCUGUCCCUGCUGGCCCUGCUGGCCCAGCUGUCCCUGCUGUCCCUGCUGUCCCUGCUGGCCCAGCUGUCCCUGCUACCUCAGUGAAUAUCGGAGAACGGGUCUACAUUCGCAGACCUCCCAGCCCAAUGGAGUCCCUCAUGGGGAGCCCGCGGCGGUACGGAGAAGCAGGGACACGUCCCACAACCCACCUCACCUCAAGUGAUCUGCUGAGAGGCCCCAAGCCUUACAAAUAAAUGCGUUACUUGUUUCAAAAAGCGUGUUACAGGACACUGGAGGAAGUCGAAUGUGAUGACGAGCUGUUCUUUAAUGACGCUCUCAGUUCCCUGAUUUACUGCAACAACAAAAAAAGAUCACUCACCAUGAUAAAAGGAGUAGUUUUGGUGGCUGUUCUGUUUUAAUGCAGUUACAACGGUAAAGAUGCAUGGGGACAUUAUGAAAAUGUUCAGGUUGAAGAAUAAUUGUUUCACUUUGUAUUAAAAGAAAGCACAUGAGUGGAGGAAUUGUCAACUCACAAUCACAGGAGAUGAUUGCAAACGCUUGGUUUGGGGAAUAAAAUAAUGAUUUUA